GCAUCCUUCAUCCCCCCAUCCCUCGUCCUCUGCUCUACCUCACUCACUCACUCACUGUAUCUCGCCUGCUGACUGAGGUAUUCCUACCAGCACAGACUGGGGCAGCCAGAAUUACAGUGGGACUCAUCUCUGUGUGUGCAUACAUUCAUUCUCCAGCUAUCCUCCUCACUGGAUCCCUUUUUUUUUUCUUUUGCCUGAACGCCACCGACGCUCUUCUCCCUGGGUGAGAAGCUGUGGAUUUUGCGGGUCAGAGUAAGAUCAUGGACCAGGGAGGAGCAGGGGAUGAUCAAGGAAACUGGGUCACUGGCAGGCUCUCCUGACUGAUGCCUGGUCGGACCUGGAGGAAUGGGGUGCACCACCAGCACGGUUGUGAUUGAUGGGCUGCGAACUGUCUUAGAGAGGAACUGUAGUGGCUACAUCUGUAAGGAAGCAGCUGAGCCCACUGGGCCAUCUGAGGCUGAGCGAGCACUGAGUCGGAGAGAGUCUCGUGCAAUACCAACACCAAGGGUCCUGAAGGUCAAACCGAAGGUGAUCGAGCCACUAGACUACGAAAAUGUGCUGGUGCAGAGGAAGACGCAGAUCCUCAGCGAUGUCCUCAGAGACAUGCUGCAGUUCCCCCUUGAGGACUUUGAGAUUUCGACUUUGAGGAGGCAAGGGAGGACUCUGUACCCCACAGUGCCUGAAAAUGCGGAGAGGGAGGCCCAGAGUCUGUUUGUCCAAGAGUGCAUUAAGACCUACAAGUCUGACUGGCAUGUCGUCAACUACAAGUAUGAAGACUAUUCUGGUGACUUUCGGCAGCUUCCAAUCAAGGUGUCCAGGCCUGAUAAACUGGCUGUCCAUGUGUUCGAGGUGGAUGAGGACGUCGACAAAGAUGAGGAUACAGCCUCCUUAGGAUCCCAGAAAGGGGGGAUUACCAAACAUGGCUGGCUUUACAAAGGAAACAUGAACAGUGCCAUCAGCGUCACAAUGAGGUCAUUUAAGAGGAGGUAUUUCCAUCUAACCCAGCUGGGGGACGGCUCCUACAAUUUGAACUUCUACAAAGACGAGAAGAUCUCCAAAGAGCCCAAAGGGACCAUUUUCCUGGACUCCUGUAUGGGUGUGGUUCAGAACAACAAGGUUCGGAGGUUUGCCUUCGAGCUGAAGAUGCAGGAUAAGAGCACGUACCUGCUGGCUGCAGACAGCGAAGUAGAGAUGGAGGAUUGGAUCAACACGCUCAACAAGAUCUUGCACAGCAGCUUUGAGAUCGCCAUGCAGGAGAAGAGAAACGGAGACAUUCAUGAUGAUGAUGAUCUUGGAAAGUCAGACAGCUCCUCUGGCAGUAUGGACAGCUUUCAGAGCACCAGAGAUAUAGAGUCUAGGAUGAGGAAUGAGACCAGAUUGAAGCUGUUCACCCUCGACCCAGACACACAGAAACUAGAUUUCUCAGGAAUAGAGCCGGACGUGAAGCAGUUUGAGGAGAAGUUUGGCAAGCGUGUUCUGGUGAACUGCAAUGACCUCUCGUUUAAUCUGCAAAGCUGUGUGGCCGAGAACGAGGAAGGACCAACAACAAAUGUGGAGCCGUUCUACGUCACCCUGUCGCUGUUCGACAUCCAGAAUGGCAAAAAAAUCUCCUCAGACUUCCAGGUUGACUUAAACCACCCGUCUGUCAGGGGCAUGGUGCCCAGUAACACCAGUCAAUAUAUGAAUGGCGGAGGUGACACCCGACCUGAAGGGCAACAUUUGAUCCAUGGUGUGCCAGAGGCGGCCAUGCAGUAUCCCAGACAGGGAGUGUUCUCGGUAACAUGCCCCCACCCUGAUAUCUUCCUCGUGGCUCGCAUUGAGAAGGUGCUUCAAGGGGGAAUCAACCACUGCGCUGAGCCGUACAUGAAGAGUUCAGACUCCACCAAGGUGGCACAGAAGGUCCUGAAAAAUGCGAAGCUGGCGUGUAGCCGAUUAGGCCAGUACAGGAUGCCUUUUGCAUGGGCAGCAAGACCUUUGUUCAAGGAUGCUUCAGGGACCCUUGACAAAAGUGCUCGCUUCUCAGCUCUGUACAGACAGGAUGGCAACAAACUGUCCAACGACGACAUGCUCAAACUGCUGGCUGAUUUCAGAAAGCCAGAGAAGAUGGCCAAGCUGCCUGUAAUUCUGGGAAACCUCGACGUUACCAUUGACAAUGUGGCCCCUGACUUGACAAAUUGUGUUACCUCAUCCUACAUUCCUGUGAAGCAGUUUGAUGUCAGCGAGAAGACCAACAUCUUCUUUGAAGUGGAGGAAUUUGUGCCGUGCAUUGCCAAAUGUUCUCAGCCUUUCACCAUCUACAACAAUCACCUCUAUGUCUACCCGAAGCACUUGAAAUACGACAGCCAAAAGUCAUUUGCAAAGGCUAGAAACAUAGCUGUCUGCAUCGAGUUCAAGGACUCAGAUGAGGAAGAGGCUGUUUCACUUAAGUGCAUCUAUGGCCGACCUGGAGGACCCUUGUUUACCAAAAAUGCCUUUGCCUCAGUAUUACAUCACCAGCACAACCCCGAAUUCUACGAUGAAUUUAAGAUUGAGUUGCCAACCCAGCUCCACGAGAAACAUCAUCUGCUCUUCACCUUCUACCAUGUCAGCUGCGAUAGCAACAGCAAGGCCAGCACCAAGAAGAGAGACCUGGUUGAGACGCAAGUGGGUUACGCCUGGCUCCCUUUGCUGAAGGACGGCCGGGUGAUCAUGAAUGAGAGUCAGAUCCCUGUGGCUGCCAACCUGCCUGCUGGAUACCUCAGCUGUCUGGAAGGUGCCAGCAAGCAUUUGGCUCCUGAAAUCAAAUGGGUGGAUGGAGGAAAGCCCUUAUUCAAGGUGUCCACGCACCUUGUGUCCACUGUCUACACUCAGGAUCAGCAUUUGCACAAUUUCUUCCAUCACUGUCAGAGCAUUGCAUCAGCAGCUCAGGCGUCAGGAGGAGAACUGGUCAAAUACCUGAAGAGCCUGCAUGCCAUGGAGAGUCAUGUGAUGAUCAAGUUCCUGCCCACCACCCUCAAUCAGCUGUUCAGGGUCCUAACCAGUGCCACCCAAGAGGAUGUGGCAGUCAAUGUCACCAGAGUCAUGAUUCAUAUUGUAGCUCAGUGCCACGAGGAAGGACUGGAGCACUACCUUAGGUCUUAUGUGAAGUAUGUAUUCAAGACUGAGCCGUACACGUCGUCCACCACCCGAACUGUGCACGAGGAGCUGGCAAAAGCAAUGACUGCAAUCCUGAAACCCUCCACUGACUUCCUCACAAGUAACAAGCUGCUUAAGUACUCCUGGUAUUUCUUUGAAGCCUUAGUCAAGUCCAUGGCUCAGUACUUGAUUGAGAGCUGUAAAGUGAAGCUGUCAAGGAAUCAGCGCUUCUCAGCAUCCUUCCAUCACACCGUCGAGACUCUGGUCAACAUGAUGAUGCCACACAUCACUCAGAAAUACAAGGACAACCUGGAUGCUGCUCGAAACGCCAACCACAGCCUGGCAGUCUUUAUCAAGCGUUGCUUCAACCUGAUGGACAGAGGCUUUGUGUUCAAGCAGAUUAACAACUACGUCAACUGUUUCAUGCCUGGAGACCCAAAGACACUGUUUGAGUUCAAGUUUGAGUUCCUGCGUGUAGUGUGCAACCACGAGCACUACGUCCCCUUAAACCUGCCAAUGCCAUUUGGAAAAGGGAGGAUAUUGAGAUUUCAAGACCUCCAGCUGGAUUACUCGCUGACAGAUGACUUCUGUAAGAACCACUUCCUGGUCGGGCUGCUGCUCAGGGAGGUCAGUGCAGCUCUGCAGGAGUUCAGGGAGAUUCGUCAGAUAUCCAUCCAGGUGCUGAAGAACCUCAUGAUGAAGCACACGUUUGAUGACCGCUACACCUCCAAGAGCCAGCAGGCCAGAAUGGCCACCCUGUAUUUGCCAUUGUUUGGUCUGCUUCAGGAGAACGUCAACAGGCUGAACGUGAAGGAAGUAUCACCGUUUCCCAUCAACCAUUCCAGCAAUAAUGGAAGAGACGAUUCACUCCUUACCAACGCCUUGAUGACACCUCCCAGGUCCAGCACCUUCCUGGACACCAGCUUGCACAAAGAUGUUUUUGGUGUUAUUUCUGGCACUGCUUCCCCUCACGCGGCGUCCACUCCCAACAUUAACUCCGUGCGUCACGCAGACUCCCGUGGUUCACUCAUCAGCACUGAUUCUGCAAACAGCCUGCUUGAGAGGAACAACGACAAGGGCAACUCUCUGGACAAGCACCAGACUGCCUCCACCCUGGGAAGUACUCUGCUGCGAUGUGAUAAACUGGACCAGGCGGAGAUCAAGAGCCUCCUCAUGUGUUUCUUACAUGUGCUCAAAAGCAUGUCUGAGGAUGCUCUGUUCACGUAUUGGAACAAGGCUUCCUCUGCGGAGCUGAUGGACUUCUUCACUUUAGUCGAAGUGUGCCUUCAUCAGUUCAGAUACAUGGGAAAGAGAUACAUCGCAAGGAACCAGGAUGGGGCAGGACCCGUAGCACAUGAGCGGAAGUCUCAGACUCUGCCUGUGUCCCGUAACAGGGCGGGAAUGAUGCAUGCCCGCUUACAGCAGCUCAGCAGCCUGGAUAACUCAUACACUUUUAACCACACCUACAGCCACUCGGAUGCAGAUGUUUUAAAUCAGUCGCUGCUGGAGGCCAACAUCGCCACUGAAGUGUGCCUGACAGUCCUGGACACACUAAGCAUCUUCAUCAUGGGUUUCAAGACGCAGCUGUGCUCUGAUCAUGGCCACAGUCCACUCAUGAAGAAAGUGUUUGAAGUCCACCUCUGUUUCCUGAGGAUCAAUCAGUCAGAAACGGCCCUCAAGCAGGUCUUCACUUCGCUGCGCACUUUCAUCUACAAGUUCCCAUGCACAUUCUUUGAAGGCCGUGCAGACAUGUGUGCUGCUUUCUGCUAUGAGAUCUUGAAAUGUUGCAACUCCAAACUGAGCUCCAUUCGCAGCGAUGCAGCCCAUCUGCUCUACUUCCUCAUGAAGAGUAACUUUGACUACACGGCCCGGAAGUCCUUCGUCAGGACACACUUGCAGGUGGUGAUUGCUGUCAGCCAAUUGAUAGCUGAUGUAAUUGGCAUUGGAAGCACCCGCUUCCAGCAAUCUCUGUCAAUAAUCAACAACUGUGCAAACAGUGACAAAACUAUCAAGAACACAGCUUUCCCAUCAGAUGUGAAGGACCUGACCAAACGCAUCCGAACAGUGUUGAUGGCCACGGCUCAGAUGAAGGAGCACGAGAGAGACCCGGAGAUGCUGGUGGACCUGCAGUACAGCCUCGCUAAGUCGUACGCCAGCACACCUGAGCUACGCAAGACCUGGCUGGACAGCAUGGCCCGAAUUCAUGUGAAGAACGGAGACCUGUCAGAGGCGGCCAUGUGCUACAUCCACGUUGCAGCACUUGUGGCCGAAUACCUGCGGAGAAAAGGCAUGUUCAAACAGGGCUGCUCAGCGUUCCGUGUCGUGACUCCAAACAUCGAUGAAGAAGCAGCGAUGAUGGAGGACGUCGGGAUGCAGGAUGUCCAUUUUAAUGAAGAUGUCUUAAUGGAGCUGCUGGAGGAGUGUGCGGAUGGACUGUGGAAAGCCGAGCGCUACGAGCUCAUCUCUGACAUCUACAAGCUCAUAAUCCCCAUUUAUGAGAAGCGCAGGGACUUUGAGAAACUGGCCCACCUGUAUGACACACUGCAUCGCGCAUACAGCAAAGUGACAGAAGUGAUGCAUACAGGCAAGAGACUGCUGGGCACGUACUUCAGAGUGGCUUUCUUUGGACAGCAGUACCAGUUUACUGACUCAGAGGCUGAGGGCUUUUUUGAAGAUGAAGAUGGUAAGGAGUACAUCUACAAAGAACCCAAAUUCACCCCUUUGUCAGAGAUAUCUCAGAGACUCCUUAAGUUGUACUCGGACAAGUUUGGACAAGAGAACGUCAAGAUGAUUCAGGACUCUGGGCGGAUCAACCCCAAAGACCUGGACUCUAAGUACGCAUACAUCCAGGUGACACAUGUGACUCCGUACCUGGAGGAGAAGGAGCUGGUCGACAGGAAGACGGACUUUGAAAAGAGCCACAACAUCCGCCGAUUUGUAUUUGAGAUGCCUUUCACCAUAUCGGGCAAAAAGCAAGGCGGUGUGGAGGAGCAGUGCAAACGCAGGACGAUACUAACCACCACACAUUGUUUCCCCUACGUAAAGAAACGUAUCGCAGUGAUGUAUCAGCACCACACUGAUCUGAGCCCCAUUGAGGUGGCCAUCGAUGAAAUGAGCAAGAAGGUGGCAGAGAUCAAACAGCUGUGCUCCUCCAGUGAGGUGGACAUGAUCCGUCUGCAGCUCAAACUGCAGGGCAGCAUCAGCGUCCAGGUAAAUGCAGGACCUCUUGCAUAUGCCAGAGCUUUUCUGGAUGAUGCAAGCGCCAAAAAAUACCCUGACAACAAGGUCAAACAGCUGAAAGAGGUCUUCAGGCAUUUUGUGGAGGCCUGUGGUCAUGGCUUGGGCAUCAAUGAGCGACUGAUCAAAGAGGACCAACAGGAGUACCACGACGAGAUGAAAGCCAACUACAGAGACCUUGCUAGAGAACUGUCCAUCAUUAUGCACGAGCAAAUUUGAUGGUAAUGCAAGAAGCAACAGUAUGCAGUAAAAAUGGAGUUGUUAUUUGUUGGUCCAGCCAGACAGACGCAUCUUAUGACUCAAGGAAUUUACACUGUUAAACUAGUAGAAAUCCUGAUGUUAACGGUAGUUUUUCAUCUGUGUUGGUCUUGAGAUUGGCACACAAGGCGCAUUUCAGACUAACAUUAUGUAGAAUGUCAUAUUUUGUAAUCAACAAUAAUCGAAGCAUCAUUAAGAGUUGGUUCUAUGAAAAAAAAAUGCUGAAGCUAUGGUCCACCUCUUGACCUUAAAAACACUGGAAUGGCUGGGAAAGUUAUAUAAUCAAUUCUCAGAUAGGCUUAUCUUUACAACCCUGAAAUAGACAAAAAUCAGCUGCACAUAAAAUAUCUUCACUGAUGUCCACUGAACACCAGAAUAGCUCACUGCAAAUGACAGUUAUUUUUAUUAUAGAUAAACCUGCUAAUUGCAUUCAUGACCACCAAAGUCAAAAAUAGUCCAAAAAACUCCUUUACAAUGUCUUGUUUUGUUUAACCAAUGCUGCAUAACCAAGGAUAUUUACUUUGCAAAACUGUAAGAAAAAGGAAUGUGGCAAAUGAGAAGUUGGAGUCAUUUUUGUGUGUAUUAAUCAAUUAUCAAAUCAAAUCAAAUGUUAUCUCAGCUCUGCACCAGCCAUUUCAGAGAUCAAACCUUCUAUGAUCAGUGUUACAACGCCUGGCUCGACCAACAAUCACUUACUGACUUAUUUCUUUUGGCUUUUCUGCAUGUGUAUACACCAUGUAUGCAUGCAUGUAUGCAUAUGUACAACCAUAUGUGGUUGUAUGUGCAUGAACGGCAUGUGUAUGUACAUGCGUCAGAAUCUGUGUGCUUUAAAAACCUCAUUUACAUUAGUUUCUGUGUAUGCUUACAAAUUUGUAUGAUGUCAGUUUUGGAUGGUGUUAUGUGGAUUGGUUGUUUUUACUUCCUUAUUUUCUGGUUUCUGUAUAGGUUAGUCUUCCUGAAUGGGUGCUAAGAUGGCACCUGAAAGAAAUGCAUUUUGGGAAAUACACUUUCUCACUGAGAAUUUUCUCUAAAGUCUGUACAGUGAAUAAGAAGCUGCAGCCAGAAGCCAGUGAUCUUUGUGUCACACGAAUGCUGGCAACAAGAAGAUAACAGCUGGCCUGGCUGUGUCCAAAGGUAGCUAAUAGUCUUGCACGUAAUCCACAUUAAUUAGUGAUUGAUAGAGGUGCUGCUAGGCAGGUUUUGCUACCUUUGGACAGAGCUAGCUCUUCCUCCCACCUGCUCCAAGUCUGGCUUCUGGCUGUAUCUUGAAAUUCAUCAUGAGAGUUUUUCAUCAGAUAAACAGUGUGCUUCCAAAAAUGGGCUCGACUUGCAAAAUAUACCAGGAAUUCAAAAUGCAUUGGUGACCGUUAACACUGUCUUUUCCUCCUCCACACACUCUCUUCC